CAUGAUGGAAAGCUAGCAUUGGCAGGCAUUUACCUCUAACUUCGUGAUUUUUUUUAUUUGAGACCUUGUACUGAUUUGCGUUGAAAAAAGGAUAUGAUUGGUGUGAAUAAAUCUACUGAAGUGGAGAUUGUAUCAAAGCCGAAUACACAGUUAAAUGAGCUAGCUAGCAGCUAGCUAACCACAAGUAAUAGCAACAGAGUUUGUGAAAAGCAGAGAUUGGAGUGUUUUAUAGGGAGACGAUGGACCGAUUGCUGUGAUAUUAAUUUUUGGAUUAAUUGAACAGAAUUAGAUGCUCAUGAGGGCUUCUCGGGUUAGUUUUUGGCCUUCAGGGGGAAACAGGAGGAUGCUGCAGCUUUGAUUACUGCUAUUGAUCACUGAGAUCAGUAUCUCAUCGUCUGCAUUGUCUUGUAUAGUUUGUAUAGUAUAGUGUUAUUUAUGUCUGUACUUUUGAGAGUCACAAACAGCUGGAACCAAAUUCCUUGUGUGUGUCAAUACACUUGGUCAAUAAAUCUGAUUCUGAUUCUGAUUGUCUGAUUGUCUGAUGAGAGGAGAUAUAACGCAUGCUGUCCAAAUGUCGGACUGGAAGCGCAUUUUCUAUGAAAACCGAGUGAUUCCUCCUCCAAGCCAAACAUCCCGGCUAGCACAUGGCCCGAUCCAGGCUUUCCAACUUGUGCUUAAACGACUGGACGGACUUCAAUUAAACCAGGUUGAGGAAGUGAGAUCUGACAGGUUUGAGCUGCGUGUCACUCUGUUUGACAACAGUCUUCAUCGUUUCUUUGGAAGGACAUGGAAAAGCAAACUACAUCAGGCCACUAAGCAAAAUCAGGAACAACCCAGCAAAGUGCAUUUUAAUGAGGUUGUAUAUUUCCAUACGUCUCUGUGUUUGGCUUCAGUGGUGGCUGUUGUGGAACUGGCUUCGCUUUCUGCUGGGACAGAAGCUUCCCAGACUGCAGUGGGGCAGGGCUUUGGUAUCCUGCAGCUCUUUUCUGAACAAGCGCAGGGAGAGGGCAGGUUGAGUCUCUUCCAUGGUACUCCUCGUGCUCUGCUACACCCGACAAUGAGGGACCCACUGCAGAUGAAUGCAGUGUUGUCAGCGAUAGAAGGAACUCAGCUGCUAUAUUAUCUCCAGCCACAUCCUGCCCUCAAUCCCAUCAUGCACCUACUCCCACCCAAUAUCAUGGUCUCUGGCCAUGAGCUCAUCCCUGGAGUCCUUCCUCCAACUGACAGCACAGGAGAUGCUCUGCAGAGACCUCGGCUGAUGCCAGCAUUCUCAUGCGUGCUGGAUAGUGUGUGUGUGUCUCUCGCGCCCUCCGUCCAGGCCUUCGAGGCAGAUUUGUUAGAGAGACUUAACAAUGAUCGCAACACCACGGGAAUGGGUGCAGAGGUGCCUUCAGUGGUGGUGCAGGAGAGAAGGCUGCACGUUGGUGUCCAUAACGGCCUGGGCUGGGUGGAUGGACCUCAGUUGAUGGUGCUAGAGUCCAGGUCUGAAGGAAGCGCUGGCCUCAAACAGAGCUCGACAGAAACAAACAGCGCUGUCCUGAUGCUACGUGGUAACGUGGAGCUGAGAAUGAUAAGGCACCCAGCCUUCAGCUUGGUCUUCCAGCUGGAAUAUGUCUUCUCUGUUCCCAUUGCAGGAGACAAGAAGACGUCCUCCAUGGCCAUGCAGCGGGCAGUAUUUAUGCAGUGUGUGCGCUGGGGUGUCUGGAGUCCUUUCUCUGAUCCUGAUGACCCUCAUGAAAGUGUGUGUGUUAGCCUGCAGGGUGGCGCCCUACCAAACCCCUAUGGACUUAUGGUUUACACAGCACACACACAGCAGAAAGAUGCUGAAAGAAGUGUCAUCAAAUUCAAGUUUAUGUACAAUACCGAAGGUGCCACAUCCAAUACGAUGUUAAAAUCAGACUCCCAGGAAAAGCCUCGGACUAAGACGUGGCAGGUCACACCCCAAGAUGAAAGCAAGUUUGGACUUGAAGCUUCACCACUGCGCAGCACUCGUGGUCCCAGACUCUCGCUCUCUCAGCUGGCUGUGCCUUCGCACUUCCCAACUCGGAGCCACACGGCAGGGUCGCCAUGGCAACAGCAGCUUCCCGCUCCACUCGCUCUCUCCCCGAUGCCGUCGGCCCACCAGCUGUCACACGUCGUACAUCCUGUAGGCAUAGCACACCUUGAAGUCAGUGCGAGGGAGAGAGAGGGAAUGAGGGAUGCCCCAGAGGAAGAGUGUGAUCUACAUGAACUGACCUUCACCCCUGUCCAUGCUCCUGUCAUCACAAUGGGAACACACACAACUGGCUCUAGCAGGACGAGUUCUCGAGGUUUCCUCGCUCAUCUCUUCUCUUCCCGCUUCCCUGAAAUCCGUGACGAACUCAACCAAGUGGCUGAGCUUAUGGACCCUGAGGAGCCGGUGAACAUUGACCCCCAUAGAGAAGAGGCAGAUCCAUUGCAGGCCAACACAAUCCUCCUUCAGUUCCUGGCUUUUAGCAGGGUCCAUCAGGCUGGUGUGACUAUGGAAUCGCUGAGCACAGUACAUUUUACCUUUCAGCUGUACCGCUUUCCUCCCGUCACCACACAACGCCUCAGGCUUGUGGCUUUUGAUGCCAGUUCGAGACCUGAUUACCCCUGCAUUCUGUCUGUUACUAACAAGGAUGGCAGCAUUGGAUCAGGUCUUCCUGGACUGCAGUUGAAGUAUUGUGUCGAUCCUGCCUUCCUCAAGCCUGGCGAGCGUAUAUGGUUCCUCCGUUACCUGGCACUGCACACCCUGCACAUAGACGUGUGGGACAGCGACUCGCUACUGCUCAUCGGCUCUGCCGCCGUUCCGCUCAAGCAUCUGUUGCGUCAGGGUCGAGCUGCUGUGCAGGUGAUUCAUGAGCUGGAGGUCAUUAGCACUGAGUACCAGCAUGAUGCCGGUCUGGCAAGAGAUCAUGGAGGUGGGCAGAGGGCCAUAUCUGCCAUGAGUGUCCACACCAUUGUCAAAGGCAGGCUGCUUAUCCGACUCGGCAACAUCGGUGGUGUGGUGGAGAAAAACCCAAACCCGUCUGUUCUUCUCCCUCCAUCUCGCUCUCAUGUCAUUCAGCCCAGCCAGACUCCCACAGGCUUUCAAGGAGGCAGUCUGUCCUCAAACGCCACCCACAAUCUCACCGCACGGAGCACAAGGCGGGCCCAGCGUUUGCCAGAUAUCGAUGGCGAGUUGGCUAGUCUCCUGCAGAUUCAGAAGAAAGAAGUGGAUAGUGACUGGCUGCAGAGUCGAGGUGAAACCGAGGAAGUACGUCAGAGGAAGAUUGACAGGAUGGCAGCUGUCCGUCAACAUGAAGGACACCCCACAUACAAAAUACAUGAGAAAUCCAGCUACAUGAGGAGAAAGGAGGAUCAUUCUCAGGACCUGCGAUUAAUAGAGGCCUAUCGAGAGCGCUGCAAAGUGGAGGGAAUCAUUAACAUGCUCAGCCAAGCAAUCACCACCACACACACGAUCUACGCUACACUCGGCACUGCUGAAUUCUUUGAGUUUGUGCUUAAGAACCCUUUUAACAUUCCUCAGACGGUCACCAUUGAGUGUGAAGACCCUGAGCUUAGUGUUAUAGUGAACGCUGAGGAAUGGAGGUAUUUUAAAGACAUGACCAAGACAUGCACGCCAUUGGAGGUGGAGAUGUUUCACAUGAAGGAAGACGGCUUGACACCUCAGGUGUACUUGCGGCCCAGAGAGAGCGUCCACAUCCCUCUCAAGUACCAAAGCUUUGUCUCUGGGCAUGCACUGCUUUCUCAGGACUCGAAGACUUCCACUAGUCUUCAUUUCGCUCAGCCCCAGAAGUCUAACACAGUGAGGGCUAAAUCCAUCAAGGUGUUUUUCCGAGCAGCGGACAGUCAGCCGCUGGCCGUCUGCCAAGUGAGAGUGGAGCCGACUCCCCACAUCGUCCACCAGACCUUUCGCUUCUAUCAGCCCGAGCUCUCAUUCUUUAAGAAAGCCAUCCGGCUGCCUCCUGCUGAACCUGGCACACCAGAUGCUGGUUCGAGGCUCCAGGUGCGCUGCAGUGACCCCGAAGUGAUCUGCCACGUCAUCACCACGGCUCCUGGAGAACCUCAGGACAUUUAUCUGAAAGUGCAAGGAGCUCCCAGUCCACAGAUUAAGACAUUCGUCAUCAGCGUGUUCGAUGAUCCCUGGCUGGCUUGUCCCACUCAAACGUGGCAGGUGUACAUGCAUUACCUACAAAAAAUGGACGUUAGCUGUGUGUGUGGUUCUCUCAGCUGGCACUCCCUGGUACUGCGUGGCACGCAGAGCAUCCGCAAGGUCAAGUGCUACACUUCCCACCCUCUGGAGCUGCAGGUGGACCCAGAAGGAGUAUUUGCGCUUCCUGCUCUGUGUGUGCAGGACAUUAGGCUGGGAGUGAAGGCUCUGCACUCUGGGAGCUGUUUCCGCUACCUUAAUGUGGUGGAUGUGGACAUGAGGCAGCUGGUGGCAUCCUGGCUUCUGUGCCUCACCUGCAGGCAACCUGUUAUUUCACGGGCCUUUGAGAUCCAAGUGCCUGUAGAAGGUGGACGAGGCAGCAAUAAGAAGAUCAGCUUCACCAAUCCCUAUACUGCUAAUAGAGGGUUCAGGCUGUGCUCGGACCAUCCAGACCUACUGCAGUUCAAAGAGGAAAAGUUUCAGGUUGAAGGAGGUGCGAGCUACAACAUCGGGUUGCGUUUUGCUCCCAGUCAGAGCGCAGGUACCGAGGAGAUCCUCAUCUUCAUCAAUGACCUGGAGGAUAAAAACGAAGAGACAUACUGCAUCAAAGUUGUCUACAGAUAACAAACACAAACCGGCACAUGAAGCUGUGCUGCAUCAUCAUCAUCAUCAUCACCAUCAUCAUCUUUUUGAAUUGGUCAUAUAUUUCUUUUAAAGAAGAUUCAGUUGUGAUGAAACCUGAUACCUUAUACAUACAGUACAGCUUAGAUUACAUCUCGGAUACAUGAAUGAAUCACUAUUUACACACAGGAAACAGAUUUAAGACUAGCAGAAAGGUGAUAUAUAUUUUUUUAAACACACAAAUGCAUACGGAUGACACCAGCGAGACCUGUGCACGCAUGAAGAUUGUGUACUGAGGAAGAGAUGUAAUAGAAAUCCUCAAUUCUCAGCAUAUAUACACUAAAUAAACACCGAAAUCUGCAUCGGAAAGCUGUUUAUACCUUUUGUGCCUUCUGUAGCCCUGUUUGAAAUAUUUUUCCUGACUUCCCACACUUAGAUUUUAUAGACAGAUU